AUGGUCAAGAUGGUGGAUCCCAUAGUCAAGGAGCUUAUAGUAUUACAGAUAAUAUAUGCACUCUUACUUCCGAAGAUCAAACAGGAUCCUCAUAUUCACGACAAUAACCAUCACGACCAACAUAAUGGAACAGAUAAUGAUACACAUGGACAAAGAGUAGAUCAAACAAGUUCUGGAGAGGAUAGCAUUAUUAUUAGCGGUAAUAUCAAAUUAUCUCUGGUGAAACUGACUAAUGAAAUCCAAAAUAAUGUAUUGGUGAAUGAAAUUAUGGCAGUGAGUAAUCCAACUAAUAAGUUAAAUAUCCAUGAUGUAUUAAAGACAGUGAAUGAUUUAUUUCCUUUACAGCGGAUUGUAAUAUCUGAUGGACAGUUGAGUUUCCAUAAUUUAAAGGUAGCAGAAUUGAAAAUGUUAAUAAUGGAAAAGUAUUCACAAUAUAGAAAUCAACAAGUUCAAUAUAUUAAAAAGUUAGAUAACGAUAUAUUACAAGAAUUGGAGAAAGUCAGUAAUGUCCCUGCAACUGCGAAUACUACUACAGUGACCACCACUACUGAUUCGCAUGAGAAUAAGAAACAACGCACUUCUAGUGUUCCAUUAGAUACACAUAAUACUCAACAUGCAAAGGUCCAAUCACCUGUUACCACUAAGAGUAGAACAGGCACACCUGAAGGAUCGAUCACUAUGCGUAACGUUGAUCCCAAACGUGAAAAGUUGUUACAAUUGUAUAGAGAUACCGUGCUGAAUAAAUUACAAUCCAAGAACAAGAUCCUUGACAAAUUGUACAAUUGUCUGGAUAACAAUGGAAGUAGUAAUAAUAGCGACAGUGCAAACACUAGUAGGCUUGCGGUACGUGAGUUACUUAACUUAGAAAAAAUAAAGGCUACCACACCUGUGAGUGUUAACCAUUUACAAUUAAUCUUACAAAAAUCUGUCAGUGACGGGAUCAUGGGUACUCCAACAGGUAGUACCACAUGGGUUAUUGCCCGCCAAAUGCAAACUGAACUAGACGAUACUGUUCAAUUUAUGCGUCGUGCACUUGAGUGA